AAUGGACACGCCUGUGUUACUGGUAAACCACAGCCAAGGGGGAAUCGAUGGACGCAUCUCUGCUACUGGCUGUGGCAUCUUCCAUGGGUUUGAAAACUUCAUCAGUGAAGCUUCUUACAUGAGCAUUUUAGGAAUGACACCAGGGUUUGGAGAUAAAAUAUUUGUUGUUAAGGGAUUUGGUAACGUGGGCCUACACUCUAUGAGAUAUUUACAUCGUUUUGGUGCUAAAUGUAUUGCUGUUGGUGAAUCUAAUGAGAGUAUAUGGAAUCCAGAUGGUAUUGACCCAAAGGAACUGGAAGACUUCAAAUUGCAACAUGGGUCCAUUCUGGACUUCCCCAAGGCAAAGCCCUAUGACAGAAGCAUCUUGGAGGCCGACUGUGACAUACUGAUCCCAGCUGCCAGUGAGAAGCAGUUGACCAAAUCCAACUCACCCAGGGUCAAAGCCAAGAUCAUUGCUGAAGGUGCCAAUGGGCCAACAACUCCAGAAGCGGACAAGAUCUUCCUGGAGAGAAACAUGGUUAUUCCAUUAUUGUUUGGGACUACUUUUGGUUCUACUUCCUUUUUCUUUUCUGUUAGCAAUAUCUUGAUCUCUCUCUCUCUCUUUUUUUUUUUUUCCAUAGUGUCUGUUCAAGAGAGUUUAGAAAGAAAAUUUGGAAAGCAUCGUGGAACUAUUCCCAUUGUACCCACAGCAGAGUUCCAAGACAGGAUAUCGGUGAGUGUGCUCACCCCACAGUUGUACUUUACACAUGGUCCCUGCUCUUUUGUUCAGGCAGAGCUGGUUAGAUGGAUUUCAUUUAUGGCAUAGUCUUUGUAAUUAGCUUGACAGUAAGUGUGUGACAUGUGUGUUUUUUACCUUCCCUUUUCAUUACAUUCUAAAACUGGAGUAAGAAUCCUAAUGACUACUGACAAAUUUAAAAUAAAUAAAUUUGGUAUUUUUCACACACAUGUUUUAACAGUGAAGGAUUAAUAUGUACUUUAAUUAUUUUAAGCUUCAGAGAAAUAGGAAGAAUUGAAAAGUAAGCAUUAGAUUGAACUAUAUGGGAGUCCAAGAGUUUGAGACCAACCUGGGGAACAUAGCGAGUCCCCA